AUGCGGCCUUACAAAAUUCAUAAAGUGCAAGCUUUGAUACCCGAAGACCUACCCCGUCGUCGCACUUUCUGCCGUUGGUUGUUGGAUCAACAACAGCGUCUUCCAGGAUUUAUUCAGCAUGUUAUCUGGACAGACGAAUCUACAUUCAAAAGGAACGGCAUGUGGAAUAGACGAAAUUCACAUUUAUGGUCUGAAACCAAUCAACGUGCCACUCAAGAGAUUGGCCACCAAACCCGAUGGUCGGUCAACGUUUGGGCUGGCGUCUUCAACAAUGUUAUCUUUGGGCCGGUGUUUCUACCACAACGACCUGACGGAGCUGGGUAUCUUAGGUUCAUUAAUGAGAGCCUUGAUGAAAUUCUUGAAGGCAUAUCAUUAGCUGAGCUAAGAAGGGCUUGGUUUCAACACGAUGGCGCACCGCCGCAUGUGGUACGGCCGGUACGUGAGCGUCUCACUGAACUAUUUGGUGACCGUUGGAUCGGGCGAUUAGGACCGCAAGCCUGGCCACCACGAUCUCCUGAUUUGACACCUUUGGACUUUUUUUUGUGGGGAUGUGUUAAAGAAAAAGUGUUCAAUAGAGUUUGUGACAGUGCUGAGGAAAUGCGGGCAAGAAUUGUGAGUGCAUUCAAGACAAUAAGAACGAGUUGUAUCGAGGACUCAACUCUCAUGCCUCGACUUCACGAAGAGACGCGGCGACGCGCUCGAAUUUGUGUUGAGAUGAAUGGGGCACAAUUCGAGCCACACUUUGUUAGACCGCGGAGAACAUGAACAGGUAAGUACGUUUUUGCAUUAAAAUAAAAAUCAUGAUGUUAAGUUUAACUGGUUAAAUUAAUCGUUACUUAUAAUAAAAUUAAAGGUUAUUGUAAUAAAUUACUUUACGUAGCACGUAGUACUUACGAUCGUCUCUGUGUGUUUGUGUGUGCUCGUUUAUGCAUGUGUGCAACUAUCAAAAGCGCUCGCGUAUUUGUACGUUUUACAUUGCGUGCUUAGAAAAUACGAUUUCGUUAAAUACUAAUUAUUCAAGUAAACAAAUAUUUUUGUAGGACUCCAUUAAUAUGGUACAAUAACCAUGUUAAAGUUUCGGAAGCGUUUUCCUAACACCUUGUAUUAGCACCAUCUCGGCAACGGACAAUUGAAUUCCCAAAAAAAGCAGUAGAUAAAACAAAAUCAUGUGAAGCGUACACGACGCUUUUUAUUGCUGAACAUUGUAGCGUACUAACUGUGGAUCAUUUAAGCUUAAUGAUGAAGAAAGUGGGUGUUGAUUCUGAUGGAAUUAGAAUUAUGCAUUUACACCGAACUAAAUGUAGCUAUAUUAUAAAAAACUGUUUAAGUCCACACUUUAAACACGAUUUAAAACAGGACAUUGGAUCGGGAAAGUUUAGUCUACUCUUAGAUGAGUCCACAGACAUAAGUAUUACAAAAUAUCUUGGCUUGGUGAUUAUAUACUACAGUUUAAAAGCAAAAAAAAUAACAACGUCUUUUCUUAAGUUGGCACCACUAACUGAAUGCACUGCAGAUGGAAUAGUUAGUGCACUCAAAGAUACUCUUAUAGAAUUCGGUUUGGACUGCAAAAAUAUGAGCGGUAUAGGAACUGACAAUGCAAGUGUCAUGACUGGCAUAAAUAACGGUGUGCAUGCGAAAUUAAAGACAGAUAUUCCCGGACUUGUUCUAGCUCGAUGUGUUUGCCACUCCAUUCAGCUUGCUGUAUCCCACGAUUCAGAAGGCACAAUCCCGAGAAAUUUGGAAUUUAUGAUAUCUGAAACAUAUAAUUGGUUUUCCCAGUCAUCAACGCGUCAGGCUGAGUAUAGAGAGUUGUACAAAACAAUAAAUGAAGGCCAUGAUCCAUUAAAAAUUGUUCGAGCAUGUCAAACCCGCUGGCUAUCGAUACAUUCAGCAGUAGAAAGAAUACUGAAACAAUGGUGUGAAUUAAAAACACAUUUCGAAAUAUCGAGCCGAAAUUAUACUGCUGAGUUACUGUAUCGGAUAUAUAGAGACGACAUAAAUUUGGCAUUGAUAUCAUUUUUAUGCCCGAUAUUAGAAGAGCUGCAACGAGUAAAUGCAAGGAUCGGCAUUAUUGGCUUGAAAGGCUUUACCUUUCAAGCCAAUAAUGCCGAUCCCUGUAAAUUGUUUAAGGAUUUAACUACACUGCUCCGAUUUCUGGUUGCGAAAAUAAUUAUUCCACGUCCGCAAGUUAAUCCAUUGACUAUAAAUGUCGAAAAUUAUUUGGACCCAAAACCUUACCUUGGUUACGGAUUUGAAAAAAAAAUAAGGGAAAUGAGCUUAAUAAACGAACAAACUGUGAAACUUGAAAAUCGUUCUCGUGUCUUAACUGCAACGAUAGUGCGGAAGUUGCGCUAUACCAUCCCAAAAUGUCAGUGA